GGAAUCUAAAAUGAAGCAACCAGGAGGAAGUGAAAUAAAAAAAAAACCUUUCUUUUUGAACUAACAGUAGUUCGUUAGACGUUGACAGAGAGACAGAGAAGAAUGGCCGUUUUCAGAUGGAUUCAAAUUCCACUGUUUCUGAUGCUCCUUCAUUUGAAAGCAAUGACAGGACAAUAUUCUGCCUUCACUGUCAGAGAUGGUGAUGAGAUCACUUUGACUUGUGAAAAUGCAAUACAGGAUCAGGAUGAAUGUAGCCGUACUACCUGGGUUUUCACUUUUUUUGCCUCAGCACAAGUAGAGUUGGUUACACUGGGGCAGAUUGGUGAACAAGCCAAAGAUAAAUCAGACAGACUGAGUGUUUCAAAGAACUGUUCUCUGGUUAUAAAGAAUGUCACAGUUGAGGAUGUUGGUCUGUAUAUCUGCAGACAGUUCGAAUCAGAACGACAUGGAGACACUUAUCUCCAUCUGUUUGUUAUCAACAUGACUGAACAUAAGGACAAUGAUGAGGUGUUGUUGUCGUGCUCUGUAUCAACAUUUGGAUCGUGUAGACACACAGUGGACUGGCUGUACGAGGGGAAACGUGUGGCUGAAGACAACAAAGACAUCAAGAUAUCACAUUCUGACUGCUCGGCUACUGUGACAUUUCUCACCUCUUAUCUCAAGCAUCAAGCAAGCGAUUAUCACAAGUUGUUCAAAUGUGAAGCACAUGAUCAUUACACUGGAAAAGUGCAACUGUUUACCUUCAGCCCUCAGUCCUCAGGUGAGGAUCCAACAACAUCAGUGUUAACAGAAGAACCAACAACAACAUCAACAACACCAUCAACAACAACAUCAACCACAACGUCAACAACACAAGAAGCUCGUACAGAUUGUUCUGUUCUGAACUACAUAAUGUUGGUUAUGCGUGUGGCUGAACUCCUCCUAAUUACUGUGAUUACUGUUCUUCUCAUCAGAGCUCGAGGGAACCAGAGACCACCUGAUGACAGCACUGUUUUAAACUCAGUAAAGAAGCCAAGCAGUGAGGCGUUCAGGUGCAGCAGCCAGUCAGCUGCAUCAUGAUGAAGAUGGACAUGACGGCACAGUGAACUAUGAAAACGUUGGAGAGCCUUCUGCUUCUGUCACACUCAACAACUUCCACUGCUAAUAAACAUUUAUUUACAGCAUUAUUUUACAUCAGACCAUGAAUCGUAAUUUCAUUUUCAGGUUUUCGAUGAGGUGUUGCUUAUUGUAUUAAUGCAGGAAAAAAAGAGUUAAUUUUAAACAUCUCACUUGCAGCCAGAAAUGAAAGCUUUGAUUUUAAGAAGCUUGCUGUACAGUCUUGCUGAUUCUGGUGAAACUGGAUCAUAUUUUGUGGAGAAAAUGUUUCCAGCUUGGCUUCUGCCUAUCCUGCAGGCCGUCCACCCGAGGACAUCCGCUCUGCCCCCUGUCCUCAAUUCUUCAGCUCCCAGGUCACUUACCCUUGAGUCGCUCCUCUGGACCCCCUCCACCCACCUGGCUCACAUUGGACUUUAUUGGACUUGUUUUUGAAGGGACAUCUGGGAGCCAUGCCUUGAAGAUGGGGGGUUUUCCCACCAAUUUUCAUUGUCUGCCCCACCCUGAUUAGGUUCACCUGUGUUUAAUUAUCCUCCCUCAACAGCGUAUUUAGAAUGUGUAUUCCUUUGUCUCAGUUAGCAGUUUGUUUUUGUCAGUUUGGCAAGUGUACCAGCCCUUUCCCCAGCGUAUCUGAGUGUUUUUGGCAAUCCCCUUUUGGAUUUGUUUGCCUUUUGCACUGCUUUUCUGGUUUUGACCUGUUUUCAAAAUUUUCUGUAAGCCUUUUUGUAUUUACUCCUUUUAUUAUUUUAAUCAUUUGUACUGCCCCUAGUGGUGCUGCAGCAGAUGCUUCUGUACCUCCUCCCAGAUGGCAUCAGGGUUAACAGGCUGUGGCUGGGGUGGGUGCUGCCUUAUUAAUAUCCUUUGGGCUCUAAGCAGGCACCUCACCUCACCGAUAGCACUGAUGCUGGGUAGCUGAGUACCAGUGAGAGAAAAAGUAAACUGUCUUUAAACUGCUGGUCCAAGCUACAGUGAGCUGAUUGUUUGUUGGGGGAACACUGGGAACUUCACGGGUCGGGGAGUUUUGUAAAUUCAAUGGGUGAGAGGGCACAGGAUGUGGGAGUGAAAGGUUUGUUGAUGGGCCCAGCAGUGUGCUGGCCUCCUGUUCCGCACUGGUUGUUGCCAGAACUGGAAUUUUUCUAUGUUAAAUGGAAUCAAGAAGUAUGAAGGUGUUUUAUAACUCUUGUUAAUCACCAUUUUUAAAGUAAACUGGGCAGAUUGCACACAGA